AUGGCGCGGGCAACCCCGCCUACCCUUGAAAGCCUCCCAGACGAAGUUCUGCACAGCAUCCUUUGCUACUCACCCGCAAGGACGGCACUAGCCCUGGAGCGCACAUCUCGCCGUUUCAAAAGCGCAACAAACGUCCCUCUCCUAUGGCGCCUGCACUGCCAGAACGAUUUCAAAUUCUGGGACCAGCGACAUGAGCUCGCGCGACGAUUGGUUGAGCCUGUCGGCUCCGUGGACUGGAAGGCGCUCUACGCGCUUCGGCGCCGGAUUGAUAUCAGCACAACGCAGAUUCUGGAUAGCAUUGUUAAAAACCAGACAGGGAGGAUUGAAAAGACCCAUCACAUCGUGGAGUUUGGGUAUGAUGCGAAGGACACGUUGUUGCGGCAUGCGAGGGCUGGGGAGGAGUGGGAAGAUCAUUUAGCAAGACGCAACGCUAUUCUCGGUUGCCUUCAUCGGACAAUGGCCAUACCGGUAUGGAAUAAACUGAGAAAUAAUGAAGAUGUCUCGUUGGAGCGCGCUCUGGGGGCGUUUGACAUAUCUCAGAUUGUCUUGAGAGUAUCGUAA